AUAUCCGUCUAAGUCCUCCCAUCUUCUCGUCCUCCCCCUCCCCACCAGUCAUCCUCAUCUCCCUCACCAAACGGCCCAAACCCUUAUCCUAACGAUGACGACGGAGAAUAGAACGGCAGGAUGGGCGAGCUUGAGCUGGGACUUGACGGAGCUGAUACUUUCCUACCUUCCCCUCCGCUCGAUCGUCCGGGCCGGCGCCGUCUGCCGUCAGUGGCGGGAGGUGGUAACCGACCCCGCCUUCGCCGCCCGCGCCGCCGCCACAUGCCGGCGAAGGCCUUGGUUCUUCCUCUACGGCCAGAACAACGUCGUCCUCCGCAAGAACCAGGCCUUCGGCUUCGACCCGGAUGCUGGAGAAUGGGUCGCCCUGCCACCCUCCCCGCACCCCUCCGCCGUCGCCCACGUCGACUGCUUCUCCGGCGCCGGCGGCUUCUUCUUCGCCACCACCUCCUCCACCCGCUUCUGCUAUGCGGCCCUCCUCCGCGGCCCCUGGCGCGAGACGUCCCCGCUCCACUUCUCCCGCUGCAACCCCCUCGUCGGCGUCUUCGCAGCCGGCGGCCGGCCGCGGGUCAUCGUCGCCGGCGGUGCGCGUUUCGUGGGGGGGCUCGUCGAUAUCGAGGACCGACUCGCGGUGGAGAUUUACGACACGGCGUCGGAUUCUUGGGAGCUGUGUCCCCCGCUGCCGCCGGACUUCCGGUCCGGGAACUCGUCCCAGUGGCUCUCGGGCGCGCUCCUCGGCGGGCGGCUCUUCUUCGUGUUCGGGAUCUACUCCUGCUCCGUGGCGGCGUUCGAUGUCGGGCGGCGGACAUGGACUGGAGUCCAGACCCUCCGGCCGCCGGGGGUUCUCUUCUCGUUCCUGCUCGCCUGCGGCGACCGCCUUGUCCUCGCCGGCCUCUGCAAUAGCCCCGACGGGCCGACGUGCUUCACGCUGUGGGCAGUGGACCCCGGGACGAUGGACUUCGCGGAGAUCGCCGUGAUGCCGCACGACCUCCUCGCCUCCCUCUUCGACACCGAUGACGACGACACCAAGUUCGCGAGCCUCAAAUGCGUCGGUCUGGACGGCCUCGUCUACGUCUUCAACGAGGACCACCACAAGGCCUACCCGGCCUGCGUCUGUGAGAUCACCACCACCGCCACCACCUCCUCCUCCUCGGCCACCUUGACGGAGAAUCUGACGUGCAGGUGGAGAAAGGUACCGCCUUUGCCGGGGACGGUGAACCGGUUCCACAAGGUGAUAGCUUUCUGCUCCCCGGUUCUACUGCGUUCUGUGCUGGCCGCCGAUGGAGAAGUUCACUAGCUUCUUCUCAUCACUCAAUCACAGGGUGGUGUUCUUCUCCCUUUUUUUUUUUUUUUGGCCUGUCUUUUACUUAUUUACUGUUUACCGCUGUUUUUUUAACCAUGUAGGUGCGUGUGAUAAGUGGAUAAUAUGUGCUGUAUUAUUUGAGAGAAGAGAAGUUGUAAUUCGUUUUGACUUGUUUGCAUCAUGGUUA